CAGCCGAGGAGGCGGCGGCGCUGACGCAGCAGCAGCGCGGAGCUCGGGACUCGCGGCGCUCCCGCCGCUGGAUUUCUCCCCCCCGGGGCCUGCGGCAGCCUCCCGGAUUGGACAUUGAUCCUAUGACGCAUGCCCGGAAAAAACAACUUUUCCUUCUGAAACACCCAGCUGGUUCUGCUGGCCAGGCCUCGUCGCCAACAGGCAGCAGGAGGAUGGACAGGGCCAACGCAGAGCAGCGGGACGGAGAUGCCUCGGAGGCUCCAAACUGUCCCAGUGGGUUUGUAGGGAAUAACAAAAGCAAGAGUUUGCGUGAAGUGCGAAAGACGUACCCGCUGCGGAGGCGGCUGCUCCCCUCGGUGAGCAAAAAGACCUGCAAGGUCCUCCUCACCAGGCUGGAGGACGUGGCUGGCUCUCUGUCCAAACAGACCCCGAGCUGUAAAAAAAAGCACCUUCCCAGCUGGGUUGAGGGUUUGGGAUCUGCUUUGUUCUCAGAACAAGUUCAGCCUGUGGGAGCGGGCAAGAGUGACUCAUCCGGGGAGAAGUGCACAGUAACUUAUCCCGGGCCGGAGCAGGACUUUGAUCCUGCUCCCUCGGAGCCCAGGAAGCGCCGGCUGGCCUCGCUGAACGCCGAGGCGGUGAACAACCUGCUGUUCGAACGGGACGAUGGCUUGUUAUCCGGCAGGCGCUUCCGCAGGGACUCUGGGAAGGCUGCUGGGGACUGUGCCCUCAAGGGCUUGCAAGGCAAAGCCAGUGACAACUGGCCUGCCCUGGAAAAAACGGCUGUGAAAACAGGGAAAGGAAAGAACCGGCAUGAGCCCGGUCAGAAAUGCAAUAGCUGUGAGCAUUCGCUGGAUGAGGUCUUUGAUGAUGGGACAAAGAGGGAGGAUGGUGCCAUCUCCUACCAUCCCACCCCAAAGAGACUGGCCAGUCUGAAUGCCGUGGCCUUCCUGAAGCUGACCCACGAGAAAGACCAACCCCUGAAACAGAGGAGUAAAUCGGACGGAGAGGGCAAGUCCGAGAACCACUGUUCAAAAUCUACACUCAAAUGGCCCAAAGCCGGACGGAAGAACUGUGUCAAAACCAAGAAGGAAGUGUCUAGCUUAAAAAUGGAUGGGCAGCACGGCUGGCAAGGCCAGACCCUGGGCACGCUUGGGAAAGGGGAGCAGCGGGACUCUUCCAGGCUCUACGGGACGACAGAGCCUGUCCCCUGCGAGUCGCUGUCUGGCUCCUAUGCCAGCACAGAGGGCUUCUACCACAGACUGCCUUUGCUCAUGGGAGGACAAGCUUCCAUGAAGCCGGAGUAUGGAAGACCUGGAGAGAAAUCCCCAACCCCCAAACAGGAAUUUCAUCAGCCUUCCUUUCCCGUGCAGCAGUUCCCUCCCUUGCCUGUGCCCGGGAAUCACGCGGAUUGUGGAUGUCUCUAUGAAUCCUCAGAUCUGACUCCGUUGAACGGGUUUUAUGUUUAUUAUGGCCAAAGUGGAUACAGUGGCUAUUCCCCCUGCUCCAUUUAUCCCAAGGACGAGCUGUCGCAGGCUGCGACCUGCGAGGGGCUCCUGGUAUCUUCCGGUUCCUUGCCAUCAGGUGCUCAUUUCCAGCCCCUGCACUGGUGCAGCUCUCCGUACUGCUGCGGGGAGGGAGCAGCCGUGAGCAGCUACAGCGUCUGCGGCGUGCUGCACCUGCCGGAGGGCAGGAUCGGCAGCGUGCAUGCGGGACGGAACAGCUACCCCUACAAAAUGCCUUUUGCAGCAGAAGGCUGCAAGUCUCUGGACCAGCUGAACCUCACAAUCCCGGUGGCAGGACACCCCGCGUCGCCUGCCCACCCGCUCUCAGGAUGUCCUGUGCCCAGCGUGCCGCCGGCUGCAGAGCCCGUUCCUCACCUGCAGACCCCCAACUCUGACCCUCAGACCAUGGCCCGGGAAUGUCCUCAGAGCUCCAAGCCUCCCAGCGGCUCCAAGUCCGGGCUGCGGAAUACUCCGGGCUGCCUGCACGCCUCCAACAGCAAAGCGGCGGGGGGCCAUUCCCACCCCAAGCAGCAGCGGAUCAGCCGGCGCAGAGCCACCAACGGCUGGAUCCCCGUGGGCACAGCCUGUGAGAAGGCUGUCUACGUCGUGAACGAGCCGGAGCCGGCCGUGCGCAAGAGCUACCAGGCUGUGGAGAGGGACGGGGAGAUCAUCCGCGUGCGGGACACCGUGCUCCUCAAAUCGGGGCCCCGCAAGAAAUCCAUGCCCUACGUCGCCAAGAUCUCUGCCCUCUGGGAGGACCCCAAGACAGGGGAGCUGAUGAUGAGCCUCCUGUGGUAUUACAGACCAGAGCACACUCAGGGAGGCCGCAACCCCAGCAUGCACCAGAACGAGAUCUUCGCGUCGCGGCACCAGGACGAGAACAGCGUCGCCUGCAUCGAGGAGAAGUGCUACGUGCUGACCUUCGCAGAGUACUGCAGAUUUUGUGCCUUGGCAAAGCGUCGAGUCGAAGGGAUCCCGGGCAGGAAAACCAUCAUGGUUCCUCCCUCGGAGGAGUAUUCCACCCCUCUGCACCGCAAGGUGCCCGAGGACACGGACCCCGAGCUGGUUUUCCUCUGUCGUCACGUCUACGACUUCAGGCACGGGCGCAUCCUGAAGAACCCGCAGUAGCACAGCCCUGGGUCGGAGCGCGGCGGGAGCGGGCGGCACCGGAGCGCCCACGGCCUUGGGGACACCUGUGCACUCUCACCCACCUCAUGCUGCUGCAGGUGGGAGCGCCCAGCGCUCCGCCCUGGGACUCGGGAGCGUGCGAGGAGCGAAGCCCGUGGAGGGGGAGGCAGCAGUUGAAAGCACAGCACUUCAUUAAAAACAUAAAUGAAAAUAUAUACGUAAAAAAUAAAUAUAUGUAUAUAGA